AUGCUCAGAACCGCGAUUUGUCGAAACUCUAAAACCGCCUUAAGAAAGGCCGCUACCACGUCGAACGUUAUCAGCAGAGCCACCACUGUUGGUCUUAGGAAAACCACUGGUCUACGUCACAACUCAACUAAAACCGUUCGUGAAGAACCUUCUCCAGCAUUUAACCAAACCAGUGCCGAAGAAGCCAGCAAGAGCCUCAAAAAAUAUGCCAAUAAAGAUAUGGAUGACUCGUUUGUCGGGCUUACCGGUGGGGAAAUCUUCCACGAAAUGAUGUUGCGCCACAAAGUUGACACAGUGUUUGGUUAUCCUGGUGGGGCCAUUUUGCCAGUCUACGAUGCAAUCUUUGAAUCGAAACAUUUUGAAUUCGUGUUGCCUCGUCAUGAACAAGGUGCGGGCCAUAUGGCUGAAGGGUACGCCAGAGCCACCGGGAAACCUGGGGUGGUGUUGGUCACCAGUGGUCCAGGGGCCACCAACGUCAUUACUCCAAUGGCCGAUGCUCUUGCCGAUGGGGUACCGUUGGUGGUGUUUUCUGGUCAAGUGCCGACCUCUGCUAUCGGUACCGACGCUUUCCAAGAAGCCGAUGUCGUGGGGAUCUCACGUUCCUGUACCAAAUGGAAUGUCAUGGUGAAAAACGUUGCCGAACUUCCUCGUAGAAUCAACGAGGCCUUUGAAAUCGCCACUUCUGGUAGACCAGGUCCAGUGUUGGUGGAUUUGCCAAAGGAUGUCACCGCGUCAGUGUUGAAACAAUCAAUUCCAACUGCCACCACUUUACCAUCGCAAACCCUUGCCAAUAUCACAAAACAAUUUUUCGCGCAGUCCAUCGACGAAAGUAUUCAAGAAGCUUCGGAUUUGCUCAAUGUCGCCAAGAAGCCAGUGCUCUACGUUGGGGCGGGGAUCUUGAAUCAUCCUGAAGGAUCAAAGAUCCUCAAAGAACUUAGUGAAAAGGCCCAAAUUCCUGUCACCACCACCAUCCAGGCUCUUGGGAGUUAUGACCAAAAUGACCACAAAUCCCUUGAUAUGUUGGGGAUGCAUGGUUCUGGUUUUGCUAACCUCGCAAUCCAAAAUGCCGAUCUUAUCAUUGCGUUGGGUGCCCGUUUUGACGACCGUGUCACCGGUGCCCUUCCGAAAUUUGCUCCAAAUGCCAAAUUGGCGGCCCAACAAGGUCGUGGGGGUAUUAUUCAUUUUGAAAUCUCUCCAAAAAACAUCAACAAGGUUGUCGAAGCUACCGUGGCCGUGGAAGGUGAUGUCACUGACAACGUCAAGAAAUUGCUUCCAUUAGUCAACAAAGUGGACGAAGCUUCCCGCGCUAGCUGGUUCAAACAAAUUGAAAACUGGAAGAAGCAGUAUCCUUAUGAUUACCAAAAAGAAGUUCCAGGAUCAAAAAUCAAACCACAAACCUUGAUUCAACGUCUUAGUGACCAUUGCAGUAAACUUUCCAAAGACGUUGUUGUCACCACUGGUGUGGGUCAGCAUCAAAUGUGGGCCGCCCAACAUUUUAAUUGGACUAAGCCUCGUACUUUCAUUACCUCUGGUGGUCUUGGGACCAUGGGGUACGGUCUUCCUGCGGCAAUUGGGGCUCAAGUUGGGAGACCCGAUGCUGUGGUGAUUGAUAUCGAUGGGGAUGCUUCAUUCAACAUGACUUUAACCGAGCUUAGUACCGCUGUGCAGUUUGGGAUUCCUGUCAAAGUGUUAUUGUUGAAUAAUGAAGAACAAGGUAUGGUUACCCAAUGGCAGUCGUUAUUCUACGAACAUCGUUACGCACACACCCAUCAAUCUAAUCCAAAUUUCAUCAAGCUUGCCGAAGCCAUGAACCUUAAAGCAAUUAAAUUGACCAAACAGGAGGAUGUUGAUGCCAAACUUGAUGAAUUCUUAAAUUAUAAUGAAGGACCGGUUUUAUUGGAAGUUGAAGUGCAAGGUAAAGUCCCAGUGUUGCCAAUGGUUCCAGCUGGUAAGGGUCUUGAUGAAUUUAUUUCUUUUGAUGCUGAAUUUGAAAAGCAGCAGAAUGAAUUGAGAAAAGAGCGUACCAAUGGGAAGUACUGA